CUUGCUCGCUCUUUUUCCCUGACACACCUCCAGAAGAGCACCGCUAGACGGCAGUGUUUGCUCCCAGAGGAGCAGGAAGUGCACAAAAUGAAACAACAAUGCUAAACAGGCCUGACCGAAACGGGAGAAACUACGUUUACGUGCGUGUAUACCAUAGACUUCUUUACUCAUUUCUGUGCAUGUCAAAUGCUUUUCUAGGCUAAGUUUUCACUUCAGUUAAGACAAUAACAUCGGCGCUGAUUUCGACACAGGUUAUCUAAUCGUGGUUGGAAGAGGAAAAAGGGAGAGUAACGUUAUGUAGGAGUUGUUUCUCUCUUCCUGCCCUUCUACUCUUGCCUGUACAAGAAACUGGUUUAUCUGACAGCUGGUCUUUAGCUUCAGUUUCUUCCGCGAAUCGAUGGCGGACAGCAUCGGAGAGGAAGCCAACGGUUCCGUGGGAACGACUCAGGGCCACGGCACCCAGUUGAUGUCGCCGAGUUUGGGUAAUUCCAUACCGGGGCAUUCGUCAUCCUCGCCGCCUCCAGCACAAGCCGCAGAAACCGGCCUGGCUGUGGUUCCCCCCGGGAUCGCGCAUACCAUAAAUCCUGCUGUGGAGAGCGCACUCGGUGUUUUGAGCCACGCCGUCGACUCCGCCGUUCCCGCGGCCGUUCAUCCAUCUCUGCCGCCCGGUAUUGGUGUUCCGGGCGGCGCGCCGAAUCUGGCCGGAGCAGGCCUCCUUUCCCAAAUUCACGCGACCUCUUGGGACCCCACGCUAAGCACGGACUGGGACAACGAGAAAGCGUCUCAACAAUGCAUUCUGCGGAUAAAAAGAGAUAUCAUGUCUAUCUAUAAGGAACCUCCUCCAGGUAUGUUUGUGGUUCCAGAUCCUCAUGAUAUGACCAAGAUUCACGCCCUUAUCACUGGCCCCUUUGACACACCCUAUGAGGGUGGCUUCUUCCUCUUCCUGUUCCGUUGUCCCCCUGACUAUCCCAUCCACCCUCCACGGGUCAAACUGAUCACUACUGGGCACAACACGGUUCGCUUUAACCCCAACUUCUACCGAAAUGGCAAAGUGUGCCUCAGCAUCCUUGGCACUUGGACUGGGCCGGCAUGGAGUCCCGCUCAGAGCAUCUCCUCUGUUCUCAUAUCCAUACAAUCCUUAAUGACGGAGAACCCAUACCACAAUGAACCUGGCUUUGAGCAGGAAAGGCAUCCAGGGGACAGCAAAAACUACAAUGAGUGUAUCCGGCACGAGACCAUGCGAGUUGCUGUGUGUGAUAUGCUGGAGGGUAAAGUGCCAUAUCCCGAAGCUUUGUGGAAUGUGAUGGAGAAAUCCUUCUUGGAGUACUUUGAUUUCUAUGAGGGGGUUUGCAAGGAGCGUCUUCAUCUUCAAGGGCAGAACAUGCAGGAUCCUUUUGGAGAGAAGAGAGGACGUUUUGACUAUCAGGGUCUGUUGACCCGUCUCAGAGCAAUCCAGAGGCGGUUGCGGGAAAAGUGCCCACCGGAAGAAAAUGACUCUGAUUCGGACACAAGCUCUUCUGGUACCGAUCCGGACAGCCAGGGCAGCUCACAGCCCUAGAGCACCCUCUAGGGGUGCAAAGAAAGCAAGGUUAGAUCGUUUCCCUUCACCUGCAGCUCCGGACACUUCAAGCGACCACUAAUGCUUGGAGAGUUGGAAAAAACAUGGAGAAUCUGCUCGUGGAGAUCAGGAGUUCCCUGAGAUUCUGUCUUUUUUGAUUGGUUAAUAUUCCUAUUGUGUGAUGGCCAAUGGCUGCCUUUUGUUUUGCUGUUUUUCUUCUCUCAUGCAGAAGAGUUUUAGGCAGGAGGGGGAAUGAGGGCCUUGCAGAUAUGUGUAUGUGUGCACGUGUGUGUUUGUAAGUGAGAAAUGUACACAUCGCCCCAUACCCGGUCAACAAAUCGCACUCCAGUUCAUGUUUUUCUGCCAUGUGCUUCAUUCAGUGUAGAGAUGCGUAAUAGUUUAAAAACGAAGAUAAUAAAAUCAGUCUGAUAUAAAAAACAAACUGGUCUGCUUGCAAAUGCACACAUCUCGCAUAUAGUUUGCAAGUUUCCUGGUCUUUUUUUCCACUGUAUCCUUGAUGGUGAUUGUUAUUAAAAUCCCUCUCUUAGUGAUUAAAUGAACCAUUAAAAAUGAAUCUAAGUUUAGUUGUAACUGUUAGAAAUUCAUAAUCAAACACUCUUUAAGACGGAGUAAAAAGUGAUGCAACUAAAUAAAAUGUACAUAUAAUUGUUAAUAGAAAAGUUUUAUUUUAAUGUUCAAUGUUCUUAAGAUGCUAUUGAACCGUAAUGGUAUGGGUAUCUGCAGACUGACCUUGUCAGAUUUCUUAAGCACUUCUAAGAUAUUUUACCUUUUGAGUGUUGUUGACACAUUGGAAGUACAGUUUCGUGUGGUGAAUUUCAGUCUGUCUCUAAUUGUGAAGCUGUCAGGUUUGAACAGAGACCUGUUCUGUCGUUGUUGAAAAACAUAGAGAACUUUUUUUUCCGAUAAGACGGACUUUACAGUCAGCUCAAUAUAAGUUUAGUUUUAUUUACCGGGGAUACUGUGGUCAUUGGUGUCCUCAUAUGCAAACAGUUGAAGCUGUCUAACACGGAUUGGGGGCCAAGGAAGAGCAUUACGUGUUGAGCCAUUACAUGACACAAUGAUUCAUGACUAGCUCUUCAUAUAAAGCUCAUAUUGUUUUCUUGAAAGUGCACCUUACCUUUUUGCACCGAUUAUAUUGCAAUUCAUCCCUUUAAUUAGCAGGUUAAUAUAGUUUCCUAAUGCACAUUAAACACAGCCUUAAUUAUUCUGUAUACAUGUACAUUUAUCUUGCAUUUUGUUUCAAGAAUAAAGCAGUUGUCUCUUCUGUUUAGACCAUUUGCGAUUCUUACCGAGCUUAGACAUGGUUUGAGUGACGGUUGAGGGUAAACCUUCAUUAAAAAUGUGCAAAAUAACACGGUUAACGAAGAUGGACUAUAUAGACAGUUGUAAGGUUUUUGCAUGUGCUUGAGUGGUAUGCAGUUUGUCUUCUAACUGAGAAAAAAUAUACUCCAGUCUAGGACAUCGAAUGACAAGACAACUGUUUCUUCGUUGUUUCUUUUUUGUUUUGUAUAAAAGGUCCUCAAACAGGAAACUGUUUCCUGACUUUGUGAUGUACUAAUGCUUUUUCCUUGUUAGCAAAAUGAGAAUACAUUGUGUAAAUAAUGAAUGUAUCAAAUCAAUUGCAACUGUACUAAGAAAAUAUAUCUAUAUAAAAUCUG